GAAAAGCAUAACAGGUCCCCUUUAAUGAGUGAGCUCAAUCCAGCUGAAAUAUUCUUACAGAUGCAACCUGCUCGCCGCUGGCCAUCAAUUUGUUUCCACCGUCAUAAUAGCUGGAUGUAAAUUGAGGCUGUUAAUGGAUUUAUUAAGGUUAUCGUGCGCACAGUCGCAUGACGUCACGCCCUCGCGCGCUACAUCCAGAGCCUCGCGAUUUCUCAUCAGAGCAGUCUGGAUCAAACGGCGUUGUUGUCUCCCCAUCUGCCAAGCGGAAUGUAAUUUUUAUUUUUCCAGCUUUUGGGAUGUAUAAUUUAAACAUGCUUUCAACCCAUGACGGGCAGUGAAGGACAAUUAAAGUUAUAUUAAUUGUUUCAAUCACUUUAACCACUGACUCUUCUUGGUCGUGCUUGCAAAGUUUUGUCCUCAAACCUACUGACAGCUCCUGUGCCGCGCUGUCUGUGUGUGUUUGUGCGUGUGUCUGUUUAUCUGUGUGUGUGUGCGUGUGUGUGUGUGUGUGUGUGUGUGUGUGUGUUUGGCAGAGCGGCGGACAGACAGAGAGGAGCUGAUGGCAGCAGAGUGAAGUGGAAAUGCUCCGCCGUCAGCGCGUCUCUGCAAGUCUCACUUUUGUUUACCGAAACUCCGGCAGGUUUGCACGAUGUGGUUUUAGCUGUUGGACUCCAGAGUUUGGAUUCUCCGUGUUGGAUCUACAGGAUGCACCACAACACAUGAUGUGCAACAGGAAGAAAAGCGGAUCAGUCUGACAAGUUCUCUUGACACUUUAUUAUAAUCCCCGAAACAUCUCUUUAACCCAAACACACGUAACAUCCUCAAGCGCGAUGAUUUUAACAACUUUUGUCAUUAUAUUGUCCUUCCCGGAUUCAGUGUUCACCUUGAAGGGUGACAGCGGCUCAGCCUCCCGGCCCGCCCGCCUGGACUGCGUAAAGGCCAGUGAGCAAUGUCUAAAAGAGUACAGCUGCAGCACAAAGUACCGGACGAUGAGGCAGUGCGUGGCGGGGAGGGAGAGCAACUUCAGCGCGGUCACCGGUCCCGAGGCGCAGGGCGAGUGCCGCAGCGCUAUAGAAGCCAUGAAGCAGAGCCCGCUGUAUAACUGCAGGUGUAGAAGAGGCAUGAAGAAGGAGAAAAACUGUCUCCGGAUCUUCUGGAGCAUAUUUCAGAGUUUACAGGGUAAUGAUUUACUGGAAUACUCUCCGUAUGAACCAGUCAACAGUCGGCUCUCGGAUAUCUUCCGCCUGGCCCCCAUCAUAGCUGUUGAGCCUGCAUCCACGAAGGAGAACAACUGUCUGAAUGCUGCCAAGGCCUGUAAUCUGAACGACACAUGUAAGAAAUACCGCUCGGCUUACAUCAACCCCUGUACUAGCAGGGUGUCUGCUUCUGAGGUCUGCAACAAGCGCAAAUGCCACAAAGCCCUACGACAGUUCUUUGACAAGGUUCCAACUAAAUACAGCUAUGGGAUGCUAUUUUGUUCCUGUCCAUCGGGGGAUCAGACAGCAUGCGCAGAACGCCGAAGACAAACCAUUGUACCAGUCUGCUCCUAUGAGGAUAAAGAUAAACCUAACUGUCUGUCGCUUCAGAACACAUGCAAGACCAACUAUAUCUGCAGAUCAAGACUGGCAGACUUUAUUAGCAACUGUCAGCCAGAGGCUCGCUCCAUAUCAGGCUGUCUGAGGGAGAACUAUGCUGACUGUCUGCUUUCUUACUCAGGACUUAUUGGUACAGUGAUGACACCCAAUUACGUGCGAUCUCUUGGUAUUAGCCUGUCACCAUGGUGUGACUGCAGCAGUAGUGGGAACAGCAAGACAGACUGUGAUAAAUUUGCUGAGUUUUUCACCAACAAUCGAUGCCUUCGUAACGCCAUCCAGGCAUUUGGCAACGGUACUGAUGUUGGAGUUUGGCAACCCCAACCCCCAAUUCAGCCUACUGUACUCGAGCCUAGCGUCACUCGGAGGGGUAAAGAGCGAAACAGUAACGCACUGGACACACUGACGGACAUGACCAAAUUGGAUCUUGAUACUGACUCACUAUAUCACAUCUGUGGGACCUUACAGGCUCAAAAACUGGUGUCAAACCUAACAGUGGAUACUGCUCAGUGUGUGAAUCAUCAACUGGAUGAGUCCAGUGACUCAAAUGCCAUCGCUAGAAGUUCACCAGCUGAACUCACCUGCUUACACCCUUCAAGUUUGCUGCUUGCACUAGCCUUUGCUUUUACACCAACGGCUUUACCACUUGAAGGUUUCCAGCUUUUGUAGAAUCUAUGGACUGUGGAUCAACACACCUCUGCCCUUAUCAAGACGUGAUUCGACUCAUUUUAAUUUAGACAUUUGCCAAAGUGUGACACCUACAUUUUUUCUUGAAGUGGAAAAGAAAUGAGACAAAGCAAUGUAAAGGCACUGAAAUCAGAGACAAAAGUGGAUUAUAUCUGAGGAUUCCAUGUUGGCUUGUCUGGCUUGGACUGUGCUGCUGCUGGGUUGAAAACAGACCUGCUGAAACUGCUGCAGAGAUAUCAGCUCACUUUACUUCCAUGCCUUGGAGGGAAAUUUGGUGACUUCAAAAAAAAAAUCAGUUCACACAUACUGUAGGAUUUCUCAGUUUGUUGGAGUUAAACCCUGUGAUCUGAUAACCAUGUGAAUAAAUUCACGUCUUUGGAAUGUGUGCAAACGCUGCACAUUUGACUCAAUGGACUGCCAAUGUGUGGAACCGUGUUUUGAGGAUAGAGUGGAUUAUUUUCUGCAUAACUGUGCUUUGAUUCGCCCUGUCAAUAAACUUGCUUUAGUUCAACUAAAGGAAAUCUAAAAGUGUUGAUCUAAAAGAGUUGAUCUGUCUCCUGUCAUAAUGGACAACUAACACUCUUAAUAGAAUAUAAUUCAUGUAACAUUUUUAACAUAACUCAUAACAUUUUGUUAAGAGUAUCCUCAAAGGAAGAAAACAUAUCAGCCGGAAGAAAGUAACACUUUUCUCUUCUAUAUGUUCAGUACUAGGUAUAGCUCCGUUUUGUAGAUUCACUUGAUCGUUAUGGUGGUUUGUGGUUUUCUCACAUCGCCUCUAAAAGAACAUUUUGUAAAUAGGAUACAUGAAGUGUACACUCUAUUGCAGUAUGCUGCUGUUAGCUUGUAACAUAUUGUCUGUAAUGUUUUUGAGAGUCUAUGUUAGUGACUGAUGACUGGGGCCUCUUAGCUUUAUCCAGUGUUGCUAUGAUUUAUAAAAUGUGACUGGGUAUGGUUCUCAUGUGGUUACAGAUAUGACUUUUGUGUGAUUAUAUUUUGAUGGCAAAGUGCAUAAUGUUAUCUUAGACGGUAUUUUUUCUUAAGGAAUAUCAAACAUUAUCUGUAACAGCAACAAGAACAUAAAGAAUUUUAAAAAAAAAUGUCUUUAAUGGAUAAAAUGAAGUGUUAUUCUUCUGUUGCUACUGACAGUGAAUAUGUUUUGCUGGUUUGAUCCAGACUCUUCAGAUUGCCCCUAUUUUGUUUUAUUUUAUCACAUUAUUGUGUCUUGGUAGAGAGCAAGAGGACAGCAAUUUGAUAAAUAAAGAAUGUGGACAUACCCCACUAGUAGAGCAAAUGCCAAAAGACAAAAGCCAGUAGACAUUAAGUGCUAGCAAUUACUGCUGAUGCAAAUGGAGGAAAAGAUGAAAACACAUACAUAUUAUAUAUUUAAUUACACCCUAAUUAUCAAAGACACUGAAAGAAUGUACAACAUAAUGACAAGGAACAUUGAACCUUGUUUUUAAACAUUCCUUACCUUUUCUGAAAUGUGUCAAUUCACUUCCAUGUUAUGGUCCCUGUCAACAUCUAAACUAAAGCCUGUAAUAAUGCACUUCUUUAUAGAUGGUGUAUCAGAUGUUGUUUUUAAAAGGAUCACAAAAAGGUUUUGGUUAGUAACUGCUACAUAACUGUUAAUCUAAUUGGAACUAUUGAUAUUACCAGGAAGACAUCUCAUUUUCUGUAUAAUUAGCCAUACAACAUUUGAUCUGUUCAGUUUGCCAAACAGCUGAAAUAAAAAUGAUGAACAGUGACUCAUGCUGGUUUCUGCAGUCAAUAUGCCAAUGCUAGUUUAUUUGUUCUUUCAUAUAAAGCAGGGUUA